GAAAGAGAAAGAGAGAGACUUUGAUUGUGAGAUGAGGGCACUGUGGAGUCACUUGAGUGUCAUUUCCAGUUGCAAGCUUUCUCCGAGAAUCAGGACAAUACCCUCAGCAAACUUGACUUCAAAUCGGAAUUUCUCACCCAUCUCUUCUACUGAAGACCCCGAGCUCAGUGAUUUUGUGGCGUUUUUAGAAUCUCUCAAGAACUAUGAGAAAUCAGGUGUGCCAAAAGGAGCUGGAACUGAUUCUAGUGAUGGGUUCGAUCUCGGUCGAAUGAAACGUCUCAUGCUUCGCCUCCGUAAUCCUCAUUCCAAUUACAAGGUAGUUCAUGUGGCUGGAACUAAGGGAAAAGGGUCAACUUCUGCUUUUCUCUCUAAUAUCUUACGUGCUGGAGGAUAUUCAGUUGGUUGUUAUUCUAGCCCACAUAUUCUGAGUAUCAAAGAACGUAUUUCCUGUAAUGGAGAUCCUGUCUCUGCUUCCACUCUUAAUGAUCAUUUCUAUUCAAUUAAACCGGUUCUCGAUCAGUCAAUCAAAGAGGAAAAUGGUUCUUUGAGUCAUUUUGAGAUUCUCACUGGAAUAGCCUUUUCAUUAUUUGAGAAAGAAAAUGUUGAUAUUGCAGUUAUAGAGGCUGGGCUAGGAGGAGCUCGAGAUGCUACAAAUUUCAUUGAAAGUUCAAAUCUUGCUGCUUCGGUCAUAACAACGAUAGGUGAGGAACACAUGGCUGCACUCGGAGGUUCCUUGGAAAGUAUAGCUGAGGCCAAAUCUGGAAUUAUUAAACACGGUCGUCCAGUGGUUUUAGGUGGGCCGUUUGUUCCUCAUAUCGAAGACAUUCUUCGUUCUAAAGCAGCAUCAAUGUCUUCAUCGGUUAUUUUGGCUUCUGAUAUUGGAUCUAGUUCUUCAAUGAAAGGUAUCAUCAACAAAGAUGGGAUCGGGCUUUGUGAGUCCUGUGACAUCGUAAUACAACGCGAGAAAGAUGAUAAACCAAUUGUUGAGCUUAGUGAUGUAAAUCUGCGCAUGCUUGGACAUCACCAGCUCCAAAAUGCUGUUACUGCCACAUGUACGUCUCUUUGCCUUCGCGAUCAAGGAUGGUGGAAAGUGACAGAUGAAGUAAUUAGGGAUGGCUUAGAGAAUACUCGUUUACUUGGGAGAAGUCAGUUUUUGACACCAAAAGAAGCAGAGACUUUACAGUUGCCUGGAGCAACAGUGCUUCUUGAUGGAGCUCACACCAAAGAAUCAGCGCGAGCUCUAAAGGAGAUGAUAAAGAGGGAUUUUGCAGAAAAGAGAUUGGUGUUUGUGGUUGCAAUGGCUAGCGACAAAGAUCAGGUGUCUUUUGCAAAAGAACUUCUCACAGGUCUAAAGCCAGAAGCAGUGGUUCUAACAGAAGCAGACAUUGGUGGAGGUAAAGUUAGAUCAACAGCGUGUUCAGUUUUGAAGGAAUCAUGGAUAAAAGCUGCUGAAGAGUUAGGUUUAGAGUCUAUGGAAGCCUCAGAAAAUAAAACUGUGUUUGGUUCCUUAAAGCUUGCCUAUAAGAUUCUCAACGAUGACACAAGCGGUAGUGACACAGGAAUGGUUAUAGUCACGGGUUCACUUCACAUUGUAUCUUCAGUCUUAGCUUCUCUUCAACAUUAAAUCACCUUCUUUCUCCUUUUAUGUUAUGCUUAUAAUUAUCUUUGUAAAAACUCAGUUGAUGUGUUAUUUAAACCAAAUAAAUCGUUUUGGAUCUUCAUGACC